UUGCUUUAUUUAAGCUCAGGAAGCCAAACAUAGGGAGUCACAUUUUCGAAACCAAUCCGAUCAUCUACAUUUUUUCAAUUCAACCUCGAAGAGAAUUUGAUCUCUGAGCAGACGCCACAUUAGACUCCCAAUUCCUUCCUCUCACCGACAAAAACCACUGCGAAAUCCAGAUCAGGAUCUGAAUCUCGGAGAGAGAUGGGGAGUUUGUGGACGAUGGUGAAGCAUCCUGACGAUGUUUACCCUCUGUUUAAGCUGAAGAUGGCGGCGAAGCAAGCGGAGAAGCAGAUCCGGCCGCAGCCUCACUGGGCCUUCUGCUACACUAUGCUCCUUAAAGUCUCCCGGAGCUUCGCUCUCGUCAUUCAACAGCUCGGUCCCCAGCUUCGCGACGCUGUCUGCAUAUUUUAUUUGGUUCUUCGAGCCCUGGAUACUGUUGAGGAUGACACAAGCAUACCUACAGAUGUGAAAUUGCCUAUCCUCAAAGCUUUUCAUCAGCACAUAUAUGAUCGAGACUGGCAUUAUUCAUGUGGCACAAAAGAGUACAAGGUGCUCAUGGACCAGUUUCAUCAUGUUUCAACUGCUUUUCUGGAGCUUGGGAAAGGUUAUCAGGAGGCCAUUGAAGAAAUAACACAGCGAAUGGGUGCAGGAAUGGCAAAAUUUAUAUGCAAGGAGGUGGAAUCCAUUGAUGACUAUGAUGAAUAUUGCCACUAUGUAGCAGGACUUGUAGGGCUAGGUCUUUCCAAGCUUUUCCAUGCCUCUGGAUCUGAAGAUUUGGCUUCAGAUUCUCUCUCCAAUUCCAUGGGAUUAUUUCUUCAGAAAACAAACAUCAUUCGUGAUUAUUUGGAGGAUAUAAACGAGAUACCUAAGUCCCGCAUGUUUUGGCCUCGUGAGAUCUGGAGUAAAUAUGUUAACAAACUUGAGGACUUGAAAUAUGAGGAGAAUUCAGUCAAGUCAGUCCAAUGCUUGAAUGACAUGGUAACUAAUGCCUUGAUCCAUGCUGAGGAUUGCUUAAAGUAUAUGUCUGCGCUGCGAGAUCCAGCCAUAUUUCGAUUUUGCGCCAUCCCUCAGAUUAUGGCAAUUGGAACACUGGCACUGUGCUACAACAACAUUGAAGUCUUCAGAGGCGUAGUGAAGAUGAGGCGUGGUCUCACUGCAAAAGUCAUUGACCGUACAAGGACAAUGCCUGAUGUGUAUGGUGCUUUCUUUGACUUUUCCUCAAUGCUGAUGUCCAAGGUUGACAAGAAUGAUCCUAAUGCAGUAAAAACACUGAGCAGGCUGGAAGCAAUACAGAAAACUUGCAGCGAAUCGGGUGUCAUAAAUAAGAGGAAAACUGGCAUAGUUAAUGGCGAGUCAAAAUAUGCCCCUCUUUUGUUGGUCAUCCUUUUUAUUGUAUUGGGCAUCUUUAUCGCCAAUAUGUCCCUCGGACUGGCCAAAUAAGUAGGGAUGUCAGCCCCCAAGUUUCUUGUAAACAUGGAUGCCAUACUAGAAUGGCCAAUUCCAAUCCUUUUCCAAUGGACGUCCUUAUCUUCUGCUCGAGUACCUACUUUUACAAUGGCGAUCGUUGACUAUAUAUUCAACUAAUGUUAUGGCAACUACGGACUAUACAGCCGAAAUGAAAUGUAUCUUUGUGAUACAAGAGUGCGUAGUCAAACUUGUCUUAUUGGCUGAACAGAUUAUUAGCAGCAGGCAAAAGUGAACUCUGGUUUGGUGCUGAGUCUGACUGUGAUCAUAUAAUAAGCAUAAUGCCUAUUUGAAUUAUUGUAAAGUAAUUUAGAAUUGUUACUCUGCUUUCGUAUUAUGUAUUAUGCAAUAUUCGGUCUGCCAUUGAUCUGCUGAAGGUUUGUAAUAUACAAGUUGUCUACCUUGUCCUAGCAUCUGGGGCAUUAAGCUAUGAAAUGUAGUAUUUGGUUCCCUUAAA